AUUAACACCGAUGUAUGGACCUUGUCUUGUCUAAAUGAGCUGCACAUUGCACUCUAAACUACAGGGGCCAUCGUGGUCCCUAUAGUGCCAUAACGACGAUAGUACUGUAGCAACAGGCACACAGCUCAAGCUAAGCAUAAAUACGGCGCCCACAGUACUUUACAAACCCUAAAGUACGAACACUGUUAUCAUGGUAAUUAUAUUGCUUUGGGUGAAGGGGACGAACAAUGCCUAAAUGUAAGUUUUCAUGAAAUGUAAGAUAGCUGGACUGUCUACGUGCGUAAAUAUAUCAAAAUAGAAUGUAACAUCGGUUUCUGUUCCUAGUGUCCUGGAAAUAAGUAGUCUCGAAAACCCAACCCUAAGCCAUAAUCACUGUUGCCUAUGGUUGGGUUUUCGAGACUAUCAAAUGAGACCUUUCUUGACGGUCCAAAUAUAGUGUAAUUAGGGUCAUUAGAUACGCGGUAGCUGAAUUUGAAUGACUGGAGUCGGUGUUUUCGGAGUGCCUUAUUAUGCAAACUCAUUUUAUGGGUCAGUGGGGUGCAAAUGGGUAGUUAGGGGCACGAACAAAACAGGGGGGUGGAGAAACAGAAUUAAAAUUCUAAGUGGCAGAAUGCCCCAUUGUCAGUGGAGGGGCAUACCCUAUAAACCACGCAGAUAAGCGGUCUUUUUCAGAAACACCGCACCACUGGACGGAGCUGGUACAACUGUGGAGCUCUCCAACUACGGACCCAUCACCAUGGCUUCUACCACAUGCUCUUGGAUUGCCUUCAUUGUCUUAACUGUGUCUACUAAUUUCAUUGGAGUACAGUGUCGCGCGGUGCAGGAGAUACUGUCAAAGUCCUCCGCUUUUCAGGAUGGUCCCAAUACUUUACCCACCGAUAUCUUGAGACGAUGGCGACGUGAGAGCGAUGAGACGCAGCGGCAACAUUGCGCAAUGUUGUCAGCUCCUUGGAUGGAAACCAGCGCGUACCCGAUGGAAUUGGCACUGCUACAUCGUCUCCGGGUGCGUUCAAUGGCCCAAGGAGGUUUACGGCGCACAGUCUUUCCUGAGCAACCACUAUUUCAUUUUGUCAGACGCGUCUAUCAUUGCUGCCAGUUAGGUUUUCAUUGCAGAGGCGUCAAAGGGAUUCAGGGCAGUAUCAGUGGAGGUAAGAAUCUAAAUCCAGUCAUUUGAAGUAGCUUCUUAGCAAUUUAUUAAGCCUACUCUUGGACUAAAUUUGUAUCUAGGCCUACUGUAGAGAAUCUCAAUUUUAAAGUGCCCGUAGACUUAGUUUUAUAGAAUAUAUAAAUUAUUCUACUCAGGAAUGGGGCCACUCUCACAUUCUCAGUAGUGCUUAUUUCAUUUAGGCCUUACAGUAUUUUGUUGAUCUUUUCCCACCCUAGAUACAGAUUUGGAGUUCCUUCUCAGUCAGGAUGUUCUGUCAGUGACAGUCAUGAGAGCUGAGAUUCAUCUCUAUGUGUUGAAUCCUCAACACCUGAACAUAGAGCCUGUUCUUCCAUACAUGGCAAAACGCAAGCUUCCCACACGAUACAGUUUUGGGUCAAGGGAGAAUGUCCUGGAGCUUCGAGUGGAUCUGCUGUUCCUAUUCCAAGGUCUUCAGGAGGCAGCUGGUGGUGUCAGAGGGGAGCCAAGUCUGGUUGACAUGCGGAAAGUGGGGGAGCUUUCAAGCGGGGGUCCACGAGAAAGGCCAGUAGCUCCAUGGUCUCUGCAGGACACCAAUGCUGAUCUGUUAGGGGAGGGGGUGGGCCCCCUGCUGAUGGCCAUGGAGCUGGGCCUGGCUCUGGCCCUGAAUUGUGACAGGGGGGGAGUGGAGGUGUCUUGUGAGCACAAUGGAGUCCACCUAUUACACUCUCCAUUCAUUGCUCUCUCCUACAGAUAAAGAUGACACAAGCCAGUAUUGUACACACCAUCACAUUUUACCUUAAGUUGCACCAUACAUAACCCCAUCUCCAUGUUGUCUCUAAUGUCCUCAAGUCUAUGAAGCUGCAUUUAUCUCUUGGUGGGCAACAUGUCAACUUUUAUUAUUGAUAUGUGAAGGAAGUGGAUCGGAUGUCUUAACUACAUAACUUUUGCAAUAACCCUUUGCAAAAUUAAACAUUGUCUUUAAUGUUGUGAGGCAAAAUAUAUUUUUUAUAUACCCCAACGUGUAUGUGGUUCUGUGCACUUCAGAAAAUGCUUGAAUAUAUUAACUUAUCAGUGUUGUGUUUUGUAAGAAAUAAAUAAAUUUGUAAAGAUGUAAAUAGUGUAUAUUAUCACAUAUGUUUAUUGGGAAAUUGUUUUGGGUUUUCCUUUAUUGAAAUGCAAUUGAUUAAAUUUGU